CAAGGACAUUACCGGCGCACAUCUAAACAGAUGUGGGCAGGGCAAAACAUUAACUAUAAUCCAAAUGAACCAACUGAAGACCUUAAAGCAUUUGAGCGUCGUCUUCGUGAAAUUAUCAAUGGUUUAGGUCCAAAAGCAUAUAAGUGGCGAGUUGUUUUGUCUGUAGCUGUACUGAUACUAUUAUGUUCGUCAUACUGUUGGCUUAUCGAUCCUGUCACAUACCAAGCCGGUUUUGUCGGUUCCUUGAAAAAACACCCAGAGUUUGUAUGUAGCAUUUUGUUUCUCAUGGUUCUUUUUUUUAUGGGAGCACAUAAAAAAGUUGUUUUGCCUAGUAUCAUAGCUCAUCGCAGUCGAGUUGUUUUAGCAGAAUAUAAUAUGGCAUGUGAUAAUUCUGGAAAGCUCAUUUUGAGACCUAAACCUAAUCUCUAAUAAACUAUGUAUAAAUGCAUCGUGUACAUAAUGUAUAAAAACCAGCCGUUAAGUCUUUCAUUAUAGUUUACUUUGGACUAUAUGGAUAUAUGUAGUCGUACUGAAUAAUGGUCAGUCAACGGAUCAAAAGAAACAAUUAAGUCCAGAUUUUCAAAUCAAUUAUUAAUUUUCGUGUUAUCAAGAUUCCCGGAGUAUCAAUUCAUAUUUAUACUGUUUAGUAAGCUAUUUGUGGAAUUAUCCUCACCUUUUUUCAAACAUGUGCCAACUUAUGUGAUUAUUCCCAUCAAACGAUUGACAAAUGAAAAGCCUAAUGUUGAUUCGUUUGUACAACUGAUUACUAGGAAAUAUAUUUUUCAGAAUUUGUCUUUAUGCUGUUUUAUGUUGUUCAAUUCAAUAAUUACUUCUACGUUAUUUUAGGAAAUGAAUUGUUUACUAGUCAACCAAACUUUUAUCCUUAAAAGUCAUUUGCCAUAAAUUUCAUUGCUGUGUAAUCCUAUUCAGUGAAUUACUUCAUUCUAGCUUUAAAUUUGUAGAAGGCGUCAGUCUUGAUUGUAGUUAAACACGAACGUAAAGGGGUUUGGAAUUUGUGCGAGUGAGGCGAUUACAAGGGGGUUUCUUCGACUGUCUGUAACAGCUCAAAAGGAGCGUGGUUCAGACUCGACCCAAAGAUUGAAAACGGAUUACUGUAAAUACACUUAAUUGAACCGCUUCACAAUUUUCUGCGAUACAAUCAUAUUGUCUCAUUACUCUGAAAUAAAACCAUUUGCAUCC